AUGUCCAAUGCCUUGGCUGACCGUGCCUACAGCGAAGGCAACCGGAUCCAAGUUGGGUACUCGAAGUCAGACCGCUCAAGCUGCAAGCAAUGCGGAGACGGAAUUCUCAAAGAUGCUCUUCGGAUUGGGCAACUCGUUGGUAGCCCAGCCAACGGCAUCGGGCCCAAGUGGUGCCAUCCAGAUUGCUUCCUUGCGUUCAUCAAGAGCCGCUUGGCGAAGUCAGGCGAGUGGUUCCAGAAGUACGUCCCUGUGGACCCGGAGCAGAUCCCAGGCUUUGGAAGCCUGACUGCAGAUGACAAAGCAAGGAUCAACGACUUGGUGGCCUUGGGCAAGAAUCCCGUGCGGUAUGUGGUCACAGUGACGGAGUCACACACAGAAUCAGGUGAUGUGCAGCUCAUGUGCACCAACAUGUCUGGGGGCCUUGUGUGCCCCAACGUGCGGGCAGAGGACCGCGUAGUGGCCAAUCUUAGAAGGCAUGUGGCCAAGCAGCUUGGGAAACGCGAAGAAGAGGUGGAACUUGUGUGCACAGACGGCUCUUUGUUUCAGGCCUCCAGCCAGACUCGCACCAAGAGGAAGGCUUCAGAAAUGGCAACUGCCAUGGCAGCUUCUGCUGGCGGCGCAUGA